AUGUCACUCCAAUCGCCUCACCCCCCUCGCCCCUCCCACCCUUCCUCUCCCACCCUUCCUCUCCCACCCUUCCUCUCCCCCACCGGCCGCCCUCAGCUGGGCCCUCGCUGCGCCGCUGACCGCACCUACUCUCUGCGCUUCCUGAAGCUGCUUAUAACGGAGGCAGAGAGGGGGGCGCGGGGGGAGGUGUGGGAGGAGCUCUACCCGCUCUAUGUGGACGCGCUGGGCGCUGGGGGGGGGAGGGAGAAGGGUGGGGAGGGCGAGGAGGGAGAUAAGGGAGAGAAUGGGGAGGAAGGGGAGGAGGUAGAUGAGGCGGAGGAGGGGGAGGCGGGCCAUGCUGUAGACGGCACACCCUGGUGUUACCACACCUACGCCUUUCGCCUGCCGCCGCUCUCCUCGUGCCCGCCCUACCCUCGCCUGCAUGCAAGCCCCUCCCGCUGCCAUGCAAGCUCCCACGUGGACUCCUCCUCCCAUGCACUCACCGUGCGUGUGUCGCGCGACAUGCUGAGAGGCGGCACUGGCUGCACGGCAUGGCCAGCUUCGCUCUUCCUCGCAGAGGCCCUCCUCUCCCACCCGCCUCUCCUCCUCCCCUCCUUCCACCGCCCCUCCACGCACGCGCCCCUCACACCUACCCCCACGCCUUCUGGCUCAACCCAAGCCCAAGGGGCUCCAACUGUCGCUGUCAGUUCCGCUCCACAGGGAGCCCCUGAGGGCCCCCUCAGCGCGCCAGUGUGUGAGGAGGCGUGCCCUGGGAACGCACCAGUGUGCCUGGAGCUGGGGGCGGGCUGUGGGCUGCUGGGGCUGUGCCUUGCGCCCCUCCCACUGGCAAAGGCGUGUGCUUGUCCGGGAGAGGAUGGGGGAACGAGGGAGCAGGCUGCGUGGUUCGGGUGGUGUGUGAAGGGGAGGGUGUGUCUGGCAGCAGAAAGAGGGGAGAAGAAGGAGCGGGGAGCGGGAGGGAGGGGAGAUAAGGGGAAGAGGCCGCUCAUCCUCACGGACGCCAGCACCGCCUCUCUCGCCAACCUCUGCGCCAACCUCGCCACCAACGGGCUGCCCUUCUCCUCCGGCCCCGAGAUUCCUCUCAUCCGCCCCUCGCACCCUCAUGGGAGCAAACGCACGGCACGCCCGGGUCAAGGCGCCCAGCUAUGGGCGCGCAGGGAGGAGCAGCGCGGUAGGAGAGAGGAGGCAUGUGAGGUGACUUGGUCAGAAGGGGUGUCAGGGAUGCAAGAGUGUGAGGGUGUGAGGGGGGGAGGGCGUGCAGGAGGGGAGGGAGGAGCAAGGGUGCAUGUGCAGCAGCUGUGUUGGGAAGAGGUCACGCCCGCGCUCGCAUCAUCCCUCUCUGCUGACGUCAUCAUCGGUGCUGACAUCGUGUAUGACCCCUCCGUGGUCCCCGCCCUCGCUGACACGCUGGCAGCCCUGCUGUCCAUGUCAACGCACAGCGCACGCACGGAGCAUACCACCUGGCAAGAUAACCAUCCAGCUGGCGUGGCCCAAGCUGAUCCCACACAGGACACGGGCAUACCUGACCAUGCCACCUCAUCCCUACCCAUCUCUCUUCCUCCAGCCCCCUAUGCCCUCAUAGCCUCCACUCGCCGCAACCCCCUCACCAUGGAAUGCUUCCUGCAGGCCCUGCACGACCGUGGGCUGCAGGUGAGGGAUGUUGCUGAGGAGCUCGUGCCGCACUCUCGCUCUCGGCCUCUGUCGCGGUGGUUCCAUUGCUUGGAGCUUCCAGAAGCGGACCGCAUGAUGCUGCACCUGAUUCACAUAUGA